GAGACAGUCGCACGCGGAAUAGCUAGCCAUAGCCUUUUUCAGUGUUCGUCUACCAGUGGUGUGUCGGAGCGGUACAGUAUUGUAACGAAAACGGCUGGAAGUAAAAUAAAGCUGCCUUAUCGUAGGAGUGCGGUGCUUAUCAGAGAAGCAGAACCACCUACCACCAAUCAAUCAAACGAAACAUGUCGCAGCUCAUCAAAAAUAUUCCCCGUCGGCAAAGCAUUCCCAUACUGUACACCCGCGGGACGCACUACGAUGUGGGCUACGAUGUGGGUCGCACGUUUGCAUCGAUCAUAAAAAACUUUUUACACAUCUCAGAACCGCUAAACAACUCUUAUCUGCCAUUGUACAACACCGAAGAAGGACGAAAAGUGUACAACGCCACUCUAGAAAGCGUGAAGAAAUCAUUCCCGCAAUACAUCCGUGAAUUGGAGGGAACAGCAGACGGUGCCCAGGUGGAGUUUCACAAGCUCUUUCUUCUACAUUUAGAUGAAAUCUUGCCAGUAUCGGUCGACGGCGUUAACAGCAUCAAUCAACCGAUCGGCUGCUCCACUAUUUGCGUAAACGAACCUGGUUGUGAAAUUCUUGCCCAUACCGAGGAUGCACUGUCCGAGGUUCUGAACCAUUACUAUUUCGUGUCUGCCCACAUCAUUUCCGACAGCCCCCAGGGUAAAUAUAACACGAUAGAAGAGCGCUUCACCUCGCUCUGCUACGCAGGCCAUCUACCCGGAUACACCAUGAACUACAACCACCAUGGGCUGGUAUUCUCUAUCAAUACACUCAGUGCCAGAACGCUCAUUGGUGGGAAAACGCCGCGCCAUUUCAUCACCAGAGCUCUGCUGUCGGCCGAAAACUUCAUACAAGCACAACAAAUUUUGCGUGACAACGGCGUGGGGGCUGCCGAUGGAUGCUCGAUCAACAUGACGUUCUUAAAGCAAGAAGGUGAUCGUUUGUUCCAUAAUGCCGAAAUGGGUCCAGCGGAGAACGCUGAGCAGUCGCAAUUAAAUAUCUUCACAGCCAGCCCAGGUGAGUGCAUCAUUCACGCCAACAAGUACCUCAGACUGCCGGUACCGGAAGUGAAUGGGCUUAUUAUUGACUCGAGUAUCGAGCGGAUGAAAACGUUCGGAGGCUUCAAAGCGCCCAAAACCGUGCAUGACGUGAUAAAGAUGCUGGGUGACACCAGCGCCCAGGAGCACACGGUGUUUCGCGAGAACGGCCCGAAAGACGUAAUCAAAACCGUUUGCGUCGGCAUUUUCGAUUGCGUCAAGCGUACCUGGACGCUGUACUCGGACAACCCGAAAUUCAACGCUCCACUCGUGGUGCUACCGAUGGCGCUCAAGAAUUAAACAGCGAUAAGCGUUUGCAUUUGUUUGAGACGUUGGACGCUCUAUAUCCAUUUCUUCAAUGUGAAUGUCCUUGAAUCAAAGAAGGUAAAGAUCCUUGUUCGUAAGCACCGCGUUUACCCCACGUUAUUGCCACUGUUCACUAGCAUUGCUUAUUGGAUCAAAAGCCAAUGUGAUAACCGAAUCUUGCUUAGCGACAGGCGUGUCUGUGAAGGCUAUACCAACCGGGAGCAUACUUUUGCUGGUAAUUGUAAUUCUUUUAAAACCAAUUUAAAGACGAAUAAAUGCACUGCUCAAUGAAAGCUAGACUAAGCUGAUUUGCUGCUUCGCACGAAUUCAACGAAAGUCAAAAUAACAGUCUUGUUUAUAUAUAACACAGUAAUCACGAUCUUGCGCUCAUUUACAUAUUGUCAGUGUUUGUCACUAUGUACCUCACCUUCUUCCACGAACAAGGUAAUCUACUUUAAAGCAUGAUGCAUACAUAAACCACCAGACUAGGUCAUGAAUAUCGAAAUAAAACGGUUCAAAGAUCGUGAAACUAUUUAUCU